AUGUGGACAUUCAAUCUUUUGUUAGAAGGACUAAUUACAUACUCAAGAGGUAUACUAAUAGACUAUACUGCGGUAACUGAUGGUGAACAAAUAAGAGAGCCGCAACGGCAGGUAUGGAUAGACAACCAAAGGCGUCUAGAUUUGGCAAUGAGACUGCUAAAUGAAGGGCGGUAUUCUAUAUUGGAGUUUCUUGUCUGUUCACGACAUGCAACAGCAAAUUUUGGUGUCUUACGACCUCAACCACUUCAAAUUCAACCAGUGAAUGACCCACAACCUCAACCACUUCAUAUAGAACCUGCGAUUAAUGUACCACGUCCUCCAUCUCCAAUUUUGUUUGAGUUACCGCCUCAUCCAUCACGGGAAGAAAUUCUUGCAAGAUUAUUGUCUGCGCGGAUACGACAACCUGUUCCUGCAAAUCUUUUUGAUGUAUCAUCUGAUUCCGAUGAUAAUGAUGAAAAUGUUAUAGCUGUUAUACCACGGGCUAACCAAAUUGAAAACGAAGACUUUAAUAUUUUAGAAAACUCUGAUUCAAACGAUGAGGAAAAUGUGAUGGCUAGGUCACAGGCUAUUAGACCACAUACAAAUUGGAUCCAUGGUGAAGAUCUGACUAUCACCCCAAUAGUUGAGAGCCAGUGCUACAUAUGUAUAUUUUCGCCGCCAACAGUAAUUGUUUUACCAUGUAUGCAUCAAGGUCUAUGUGAGCCUUGCUUCACAAGCUAUUCUACAAUGGCUCCAUAUAGCCGUCAACCCUAUUACAGAUGUCCACUGUGCAGAGGACAAGUUGAAAGCUAUUUAGCUAUACAAUAA